AUGGGAAAUGUAACAUAUUUUUACUUCAUGUUGUUUGAAAAUCUUGGGUACAUAAAAUAUGCUCUCUUCAGUUUGGGAUUUAUUCUGUACUGUGCUAUCAUAGUUUUUAAUGCCCUUGUUAUUCUUGCAAUAUAUCUGGAAAGGACAAUGCACCAGCCCAUGUACCUUCUGAUUUCAUGUUUGUCCAUCAACUCUGUGUAUGGCACCGCUGUCUUUUUUCCAAGGGUUUUGGCAGACUUGCUGUCUGAUACACACAUAAUCUCCAUUGAGGCAUGUCUCUUACAGUCUUUUGUCAUUUAUUCAUAUACAGCAAAUGAGGUAAUAAUAUUAAUGCUAAUGGCAUUGGACAGAUUUGUUGCAAUCAGCAAACCUUUACAAUACCAUAGCCUAAUUACUCCCAAGGUUUUAACUGUUUUAUUAGUUAUAAUCUGCAUGUAUUCAAUGAUUACUCUUGGUACAGCUGUUGUUUUUGCUGCCAAUCUGACAAUGUGUGGUAACAAACUGUGGAAGGUAUAUUGCCAUAAUUAUGAAAUUGUCAAGCUUUCUUGUGAAAAAUCUUUUAUUAAUAAUUUUUUGGGCAUGUUUAUAUUGGUGACAGUGGUUUUCAUCCCUUUAAGUUUUAUAUUAUAUUCUUAUAUACAAAUCCUUAUUAUUUGUCAAAAAAGCUCAGCACAGUUUAAGAGCAAAGCUUAUCAAACCUGUAUUCCACACAUAGUGGUCCUUUUAAAUUUCUCAGUUUCCAUUAUAACUGAGGUCAUAUUGAGUCGGGUUGUGAACUUGGAGAUUCCUAUAGGGCUGACGAUUGCCCUUUCACUUGAGUUUCUUAUUGUACCACCCAUCCUCAAUCCUAUUGUUUAUGCUUUAAACAUGCCUGAUAUUCGCAAGAAAAUUCUUCUCCUUAUAAAGGCAUCCAAUUAA